AUGCUCGUUGGCCGAUUAGUAGCUCGCCGAAUACGCAAUUCUGCUAAACAAUUCGCACGUUCGCACUUCACGCCUGCUGCCUCGGCCUCACUCUCUGCGUCUUGGGAUCGCCCAUUUCCUUCUAUUUUGGUGUCAAAUAAUGGUGUCUCGGCCCAAGGAUCAUUUGCAGAAGCACAGGCUAAUUAUCUUCAGCCUGACAUGGAGGUGGUCAAUAAACUUGAUGCUUUGUUACACGACAAAAAGAUGGGCAUCGUUGCUCAUUUUUAUAUGGACCCAGAACUACAAGGUGUUUUAUCAUCACUUUCUUGGCCCCACACGUUCAUCGCUGAUUCAUUAGCUAUGGGUGAAGCGGCAGCCAAAAUGGCAAAGAAUGGUAUUCAGUCUGUGGCUGUACUCGGAGUUGAUUUUAUGUCGGAGAGUGUUCGUGCCAACUUGGACUCAAAUGGUUUUGAGCACAUUCCUGUAUACCGGCUUGCCGAGCAAAAAAUUGGCUGUAGUCUGGCCGAGUCGGCAGAAAAGAAGGCAUAUCUUGCCUACCUGCAGAAGGCCGCUAAGACGCCGAAUAGUCUACACAUUGUCUACAUUAAUACAUCGCUUCGCAGUAAAGCUUUUGCGCAUGAUUUGGUGCCUACGAUCACUUGCACAUCCUCAAAUGUAGUGCAAACUGUGCUUCAGGCGUUUGCCCAAGUACCAGAUAUCAACGUUUGGUACGGGCCUGACACGUAUAUGGGUGAAAACUUGCAGCUGAUGUUUGAACACAUUGCGCAACUUCCAGAUGAAAAGAUUCGUCAGAUUCAUUCUCAGCAUAAUCAAAAAUCUGUGAAUAAUUUGCUCAAGCGCUUUGACUAUUUCAAGGAAGGAAAUUGCGUUGUGCACCAUAUGUUUGGUGAUAAGGUGACUCAACGUGUUCGAGACGAGUAUGGUCACGCUUACCAGACAGCGCAUUUUGAAGUGCCUGGCGAAAUGUUUGCGCUUGCGAUGGAGGCACAGAACGCAGGUCGUGGUGUUGUUGGUUCGACAUCUAACAUCUUGAACUUUAUCAAGGCUAAGACAGCUGAAGCCGUAAGGAAUCAAACGGGAGAAAAAUUAAGUUUUGUGCUAGGUACAGAGGCGGGAAUGAUCACUGCUAUUGUACGCGGAGUGCAAGAAACACUCAGUUCAAAGCAGGGAGGUGUGAAGCCGGUGGUGGAAAUCAUUUUUCCUGUUUCGGCGGAUGCGAUUACGACCGAAGGAGAGGAGUUGGUUCCUGGCGUUGCUGGUGGCGAAGGAUGCUCGACUGCUGGUGGCUGCGCUACAUGCCCAUUUAUGAAGAUGAAUGACAUUGACGCCUUGUUUCGUGUGGUUGAAGGCGUUUCUGAUGAGGCUUGUAAUUUGGAUCCGAUGGCGAACUUCUACCCUCAAAAGUACAGCGAGCUCAUUCGCGGCAAGACUGUCACGAAAGUUGGUGUUCAGCCUAUACUUCACAUGAAAGCAUUUAUGGAGAGCCAGAGACUUUCUGAUAUGUUGGUACAAGACAUUCAGACACGGACACCGGGCUCAGGCUGCCAAAUUCCAUAG